GAGCAGGAUGGAGAGUGAUCAGGGAGAAAGUUGAUUGAACAGGGUGAAGCGUGAGCCGAGAGAAGAGUGAGCAUGGCGCAGAUUAGGACAGGGCCUGUUUCUUUGGUUAGCGUGUGUUGCCAAGGACAACAGGGGAGUUGAGGGCGGAGCAGAGACGUCAGUACGCAGAGCAGUUCGCGAUUCUGAUUGGAUAAGUUACGCGCCAAACUUGUGAGAGUAGGAAGUGAAUGUGAGCUGCAGCAGCAGCGCUGUACUGUAGUGUAGUCUACAGUGAACUAUAGUGUUUUACACUGUACUAUAGUGAACUGCAGUGUACUAAAGGUCGUGCAGUGUACUAUAAAGGCCGGUGGGAUGCAGCGCGAGGCGGGGGUGCGGGUCAGGGAGGUGAUUUCCGCGCUCCGCCGCCUGCUGUCCGCGCUCGGGCUGGAGUCAGUUCCCUCCGCUGACUCGUUCAGAAGAGCCAAAUUCAACAAGCCGGACUCGACAGAAGACCUGUGGAAGCUGCUCCAUCGUCUCCUAAUGAAGCUGUUUGAACGGGACUGUACCUGCCAGCCGCCACCAACCUCACCCCUGGACCCAGAGUUGGAGUUUGUGAGGAGUGCCCUGUGGUACACGGGGUACGGGGGCUGGUGGGUGACCAGGGCUCAGACCUGUAAAAGCCCUGGUAAAAUAGGGAGCAGAGACCUGCUGCUGGCCCUGGGAUGGGUGAUGUCCUCAGAUAACCUGCUGGAGACUCUGCUGGCAGAGAAAGUUCAAGAGUUGGAGCUCCUCUCCUCCACACCAGCGAGAGUGCCUGGUGGGGAGGAUUUGAUGACCUGUUUAAGUGUUUCCGAAGGGGGCGGAGCAGAGGGUGGAGAUGUGAGAAGUCUGCAGUGGCAUUAUGGAAAACUGAGGCUGCAGUGGAGAAGUCUUCUAGCAGCUCAGCAAGAGCAGUCCAAGCUUUGCCACAAGAUCCAGGCCAAAAUGUUCUGUUCACGUGAGCCGGAGGUCAGCACUGCUGAUGUUCCUGAAAGAUUAGGAUCUACAGGACUUCAGAAGGAUCUGGAGAGCAUUCAGUGCUUAAACAGAAUACUUGAGGCCUACCUGGAAUGGAAAGCUGUGGAACCACUGUUCUGGUGUUGGAUGGACAGUGUGAUGGAUGGUCACCUCUCGGACCAGAGCAGAGAGAAGGUAACUGACGAGUCACUAAAGGACCGAGCGGUCCCUCACAGCUGCCCCCAUGAGGACAAUGUCAGGAAGUCCUUCAGACAUCUAAACCAGAUGCUGCUAAAGCUGCAGACAGACCUCCGACGUGGACGAUUGGAGCAGACAACACUCACAUUUACUGCACAGGACAGGAGCUCAAGUUCAGCCCAGCUCAGCCCAGAGCAGAAGCGAGAACUGGAGAGGGACGUGGCUGCCCGCCUGCAGGGCUUAUCGCUGGCUAACACUCCCACAGCCACGUCCAGAGGCUUCAUCCCCAACCUGCAGGAGCCGCCAGCACCGCAUUCCGUGCCCAGGCUCCGACACGGUGUCCUGAACCAGGAGAACAAGGAUGGGACCACGGGAAGGCUCCAGGCCUCGGCAGCUCUGAAGGAACUGAAGGACAGGGAGGCUGUGCUGCUGUGGGAACUGGAGCUGCUAAAGAAAAGCCAAAGACUGGAAAUGCAGGCCCAAACCAGUGCGCUGCAGGGACUGGUGUUCAUUCCACCACUCAAGAGAUGAUGCACAGGCUCACAACCAAGAAACUUUUAACACGAUCUUACAUAUAUGGAUCUUAAAUAUAGCAACUUAAAAAUUAGUUUCUUUGAUUAAAAAAAAAGUGGCAUACAUGUAUCCAAAAGCAUUGUGUAAGACUGGUGGAGGAGACAAUGCCAAGAACAUUGCAUGAAAACUGUGAUAAAAAAAACAGGGUUAUUCCACCAAAUAUUGAUUUUUGGACUCCUAAAACUGUAUGAGCCAAAUCAGAGAAACUAAUUCAGAAACUGAAGUGUCUCUUAUUUUUUCCAGAGCUGUAUUUGGUACAUUUCUGCUAUUUUGCAACAAACAAAGAAAAUGGAAAAUAGAACCUUGCACACAUGAUAUGAUAUGAGUUUCUCCUAAGAUUAUAUUUAAGUUUAGGUUCAGGUAAUAAAAUUAUACUGAUGGCUUUGGAACAUUUUAUGUUAAAAUUGUAAAUCUUUUGCGUGCUGUGUUGUGUCAGGAAUUUGUGUAUCUGUGUGAGGGUUGUGUACAGAGAUGCAUCAUAUAUAACACUGGUGGAGGAAUCGGUGGUUGGGGAGGUCGGCGCGGGUGGUGGGAUUAGCAGAUUAAAGGAAGUCAUUUUCAGCUCUGAUUUUCAUCAGGAUUAUGAAGUGAUGUGUUAAUCCCGGGGCAGUGUAGAGCAUGAAGGAUCCUAACAGGAUUUCUUGUUACUGCCAAUACUUCCAUCCUCCUCCAGCCGAGUCUUCGUACUGGCGAGUUCUAGCUGCCGUAUUUUUUACUGUUAAUCAUGCUCGAUUUCAUAGAGCCGAAUUAAUAAACUCUCUUUCUCUCAGUAAUGAGAGCUGGAGAGGGGAACUAGCCACAGUGUCCUACACCCACUGUGAAAUUAGUGGAUCUGGUGAGGCUUCAGCAAGGCUGGAAUUGAGCAGAUUCGUCUUAAUUGAGGAUGCACAAAUCAAGCCUCAUACAAGAUUAUCCUGGAAGAGAACUCUGGCUCUCACUGCUCUGGCAGUGUUCCCCAAUUCUGAGAACUGUUUUCCAGGUUCCAGCAGAUUAGUAUUGUUGUUUCUAAAUUAAUAUAAACUUAUUUUCUUUGCAUUAUUUAAGAAAUAAAGAGUAAAUGUUCUUAA